AUGAAACUACUCGACAGCUGUCGCCCAUUCAACCUAUACCAUCUAACAUCUACGCUCAACCACUCGGGCGAGCAGCGAACCCGGCGACAUGGAUCAAGGUUGAAACCUGGUGAUGGCUUUACCGAUCUCACAACCGAUGCGAGACCCCCAGCGCAAACCCCGACUCAGGGAAGCGAUGACGACACUUCUGAGGAUACUGACGAUGAUGAGAGCGACACCGACAGCAAUCAUAUCUUCACCAAUAUUGUUUCGAAACACGAACCACACGUUAGUGCCAUUUCCGGAUUGGAACCCAACAUUAACUUUUUGGCUCUCAACCUCCCGUAG